CAGGGCCCCCCAGUGAUGGGGAAGAGUUGACGCUGUAGCUCCUCAGGCUAGCUUAGACUGAGUCAAAUAUAAGGGAUGCAUAUUGGGCUGCUGUUAUGUUAUGUAGCCAGAGGGGUGGAACGUGUUUUAGUGUUCAAUGAAUUUAUAGUGGAUUAUACAUGUCAUGCUUUGGUCAAGCUAUUACAUCAAGCAAUUGAUGUAAGCCUACCAAAGUCGAUGUACUUUAAAUCGAUCAAUAACAUCAUUGUGUAACUAUUGUGUCGGCAUGAGGUUUGAAAAUAUUAUUAAUAUUUCAUUAUGAUAAACCAAUGAAAAUAAUGUGUGGAUUAGGUUUACUUAACUAAUAUCCAGAUUAACAUCAAUCAUAGAACGUGAUUUAAAGUUAAAGUCCUAAAGCAUCCAUCAAAGGUUUGGUGAAAUUGCAUUGCAAGUGAUUUCAAUUUAUCCUUAUUUACCAGAGUCACAACAGUUAUAGUUUGUUUAAUGUAAUUUUUCACAGACAACAUUUUGACAUUCAAGACCUUUUAAAAUAAAAAUGUGAGAUGAAAAAGCAAAAGGCUGUUGGGCCUUCUUUGAUUAACAAUGAAUUGCCUAGUGCCAACGUGAAUGUUCUAUAGCUUGUGUCCAUGCUAAAUGUGUUAUCUUCACUAGUGUCAUCUACUAACGGCAGACCCAUAAUUAGCGUAAUGAGCGACACCUGUGAUUUUCCUACGAUGAAGCAUCGGUGAAAUCUCUCCGUUCAGUCCAAACCGCCUUCGUCCCCAUUCAAUCUGUGGUGAUACCGUACUUCUACCAGGUGAUGGCAGUAUUUCUCUAUUUGACCCGAGAAACUAGUUCAAGCAGGAAUGAAGGACAUGCGCCUACAUUGAGGAGCUAAAAUGAUUAAGUCCAGAACACGACACUACAUUCAACAUGCGGAAGAUAAUUAGUCAUCCAAAGGACAAAAGGAAGACCAAACUCUGCCUGCGUAACGACGUUAGGACCGCCGGAGGGCAAGCCACCGUCGCCGCAUCCUUCCUCCGGGGAGCGCUUUGGACGGCGGGCGUGAUGCCAUCAUCUGAGCGUGCCUGGGCUCCAUUCACGUCGUGGGAGGAGGGAGAAGCUGCUGCGCGUGCCAAAGAGGGGCCCCUCGUGGAGAUAUAUUCUGUGCUGCACCUCGCGCCUCUCAACAGUUACUUUCCUCUGAAUCCUGAGGGCACGCGGACUUACCACAUCAAAACAGAGCCGAUGGCUUUUGGGCACGCGAGCUGUGUGUGGACUCUGGUUCUGGGCGCGUGUGUUGCGCUCGCCAUGGGAACUGACUGCGGGAAGGAGUGCGCGCUCUGCGUCUACCGCUUACUGGAACAGCAGCCUCCCCUUACCUCUCCGUUCCAGACGUGCUCGCUGGAGUGCGAGGGGGGCGUAGACAGCCGGAAGCUCCGCCUCUGCAGGGAGCUCCUAUUGGACGAGGAGAACCCAGCCCCCGCCCUGGACGAGGAGGAAGACGUGGACGUGGACGCCCCCGUGGACCCCGCGGACCCCCAGGCCGAGGCCCCGGAGCACCAGCUGGUCAAGAAGUACGGGGGCUUCAUGAAGCGGUACGGGGGCUUCAUGGCCCGACGCUCCCCCCCCUCCCCCGUCCUGAUGCAGGGGGCGCCGGAGGAGGCGGGGGGCCCCGGGAGGGGGGAGGGGCGGGGGGAGGACGGGGAGCAGCAGGAGCAGGAGGAGGAGGAGGAGGAGAACAUCCGGCUGGAGAUCCUGAAGAUCCUGAACGCCGAGGCGGAGGGCCGGGCGGCCCACGGCGCCGAGGCGGAGGGCCGGGCGGCCCACGGCGCCGAGGCCAAGCGCUACGGGGGCUUCAUGCGCCGGGCGGGGCUGCAGGCCGACCCCCUGGAGGCCGUGCUGGGCCGCGCGCUGAAGAAGCGCUACGGGGGGUUCAUGAGGCGCGUGGGCCGGCCCGAGUGGCUGGUGGACGACUCCAACAAGAGCGGGAACGGCGUGCUGAAGCGCGCCUGGGAAGACGGGAGGGAACUGCAGAAGAGGUACGGGGGCUUCAUGGACUAGAAGACCCUCAGCCCAAACCCCGCCCCCCCCCAUCUAAUUAUAUUCUGGACUUGUUAGUGU